AUAAUUGGCAAAACUUACUAAACUAAACUAAACUAGAAAGCUCUCUUUUUUCUUUCGCGUGUAAAUAAAUAAUAAAUUCAAAUUAAGAUAAAAUUUGUGUGAUCGCUUAGUACGAGAACGUGUCGCCGACCGAAGACGCGAAUCUGUUCCGUUUUAUAAUAAAAAAUCUAAACAAUUAUUAUUUUUUAAAUUUUCAUCAGAAAAUAAGAACUAACAAAAUUCAAAAUGUCAACUUUACUCAGUAAAUUCAAAGUAUUAAUCACAAAAUAUCCCAUGGCCAGAGGAAUGGUCUCCUACAGUCUCAUUUGGCCUACAAGCAGCAUUAUUCAACAAUACAUUGAAGGAAAAACUUUAGGAACAAUUGAUUGGUGGCGAUGCUUGAGAUUUAGUUUAUAUGGUGGAUUCUUUGUUGCGCCCACACUCUACGGAUGGAUUAGAUUAUCCACUGCAAUGUGGCCGGAAACUUCACUUCGUACCGGAAUUGUUAAGGCGGCAGUUGAACAAAUUUCCUACACUCCAGCAGCUAUGACUUGCUUCUUCUUCAUUAUGAGCUUGUUGGAAAUGAAAACAUUGGAAGAGGCUUUUUCUGAAGUUAGAAAUAAGGUUCCACCGACGUAUAAGGUGGCAGUGUGUAUUUGGCCAAUAGUAGGAACAAUAAACUUCUCACUUGUGCCCGAACGAAAUCGAGUGCCUUUCAUCAGCAUGUGCAGUCUCUUGUGGACGAUAUUCUUGGCUUACAUGAAACAUCUAGAGAAAAAUGAAGACCGGCAAAUUUCCAUUUAACAUAAUUUAACAUUUUUGUGUGUCAACGUUGUGCGUGUUUAUUUAUUUAACUAAUACAAAAUACAAAAUAAAACUUAUAUUUAAACUUAAAUUAAAGAAA